CAUUAGGUCAACCAAAAAAAAAGAUGAACGAUGAAUGUUGAUAUACAGACUAAUGAAUUACCUUAAAUAUUGAAAAAUAUGGCAGAAAUAUUUUCACUACCAUGCAUAAUCAUAUACGUAUAGAUGCAUUCUAUCAUUUUAGUCAAUAACAAUCCUCUAAACUUGUUCUGUGGAGACAUUUAGACUAUCUCGUUAUAUUCAGCCAGGACGAUUUUUUUUCUCAAAAAUGAGUGGCCUAAGACAACAACCCAGGAAAGACACAAAGAUGAGAAUUCGGGCGUUCCCAAUGACUAUGGAUGAAAAGUAUGUGAACAACAUAUGGGCAUUGUUAAAGAAUGCAAUUCAAGAAAUUCAAAAGAAAAACAACAGUGGUUUAAGUUUUGAGGAACUAUACAGAAAUGCAUACACCAUGGUGCUUCAUAAACAUGGAGAGAAACUGUAUACUGGCCUAAGAGAUGUUGUAACUGAACAUUUAGUAACAAAGGUUAAAGAAGAUGUGCUGGCAGCACUCAACAAUAAUUUCCUGCAGACGUUGAAUUCCGCAUGGAACGACCACCAAACAUCAAUGGUCAUGAUCAGGGAUAUUCUGAUGUAUAUGGAUCGUGUAUAUGUACAACAGAACAAUGUUGACAACGUUUACAACCUGGGAUUAAUGAUAUUCAGGGACCAGGUGGUACGACAUCCCACGAUCAGGGACCAUCUACGCACCACACUGCUGGAAAUGGUGGCCAAGGAACGCAGAGGAGAAGUUGUUGAUAGGGGAGCAGUGAAGAAUGCAUGCCAGAUGUUGAUGGUACUUGGUAUUGACUCCAGGAAUGUGUAUGAAGAAGAUUUUGAGAGACCAUUCCUCGAACAGUCAGCAGAAUUUUACAAGAGUGAAAGUCAAAAGUUCUUGGGUGAAAACAGUGCGUCAGUGUACAUCAAGAAAGUAGAAGCAAGGAUAAACGAGGAAGCUGAAAGAGCAACACAUUACUUAGACAAGAGUACAGAGGAACCGAUAGUCAAGGUUCUAGAAGAGGAGCUGAUUAGUAAACACAUGAAGACAAUAGUGGAGAUGGAAAAUUCUGGAGUGGUUCACAUGCUCAAAAACAAUAAAACAGAUGACCUGGCCUGUAUGUACAAGUUAUUUAUCCGUGUACCGGAGGGUCUGAAGACAAUGUGUGAGUGUAUAAGUGUAUACCUGAGGGAGCAGGGUAAAGCCAUCGUAUCAGAAGAAGGGGAGGACUCCAAGAAUGCUAUAACAUUUGUACAGAGUUUACUGGACCUUAAGGAUCGGUUUGACCACUUCCUGCAUGAGUCCUUCAGUGAUGACAAACAGUUUAAACAGAUGAUCUCCAAGGACUUUGAAUACUUCAUCAAUAUAAACCACAAAUCCCCAGAGUAUUUAUCGCUAUUUAUAGAUGAGAAAUUAAAGAAGGGAGUAAAAGGGAUGUCAGAACAAGAGAUAGAGACUGUGCUAGAUAAGAGCAUGGUUUUGUUCCGUUUCCUACAAGAAAAGGACGUGUUUGAGAGGUACUACAAACAGCACCUGGCACGGCGGCUCCUGCUGAACAAGAGUGGAUCUGACGACUCCGAAAAGAACAUGAUCUCCAAACUCAAGACUGAGUGUGGUUGUCAAUUCACUUCUAAGCUGGAGGGAAUGUUUAAGGAUAUGACAGUUUCCAACACCAUCAUGGAGGAAUUCAAGGGCUCCCUAACUAUGUCCAGUGUAAAUAUGGCAGGUGUAGAUUUAGUGGUUCGAGUGUUGACCACUGGCUUCUGGCCCACUCCUAAUGCCAACCCACGAUGCAAUGUACCACACACAGCAAGGACAGCCUUUGAAAACUUUAGAAGGUUUUAUCUGAAUAAACACAGCGGUAGGAUGCUCACACUACAGCCUCAGCUUGGUUCGGCUGACCUGAAUGCCGCGUUUUACGGACAGAAGAAAGACGAUGCGGGGGGAGCUGGUGCUGGCUCAAAAGAGCCCCGUAAACACAUCAUGCAGGUGUCCACUUAUCAGAUGUGUAUACUGAUGCUCUUCAAUAAGAGUGAAAAGUGGACUUUUGAGGAAAUUAAGAAUGAAACAGACAUUCAGGAGAGGGAUUUAAUUAGAGCCAUCCAGUCCUUAUCUGUAGGAAAGGUCUCACAAAGAGUGUUACACAAGGAACCCAAGACAAAGGAAGUGGAACCAGCCCAUGUUUUUACAGUUAAUGAUCACUUUACAUCCAAGCUUUUCAGAGUCAAAAUCCAAACAGUGGCUGCCAAUAAAGGGGAGGCAGAGCCAGAGAGAAAGGAGACCAGGGUGAAGGUCGAUGAAGACAGGAAACAUGAGAUAGAAGCGGCCAUUGUAAGGAUUAUGAAAGCAAGAAAGAAGCUACAGCACAAUGUCUUAGUGGCAGAGGUAACUGAACAGUUGAAAGCUCGCUUCCUUCCCAGUCCAGUCAUUAUAAAGAAAAGGAUAGAGGGGUUAAUAGAAAGGGAAUACCUAGCCCGAACACCAGAAGACAGGAAAGUAUACACAUAUGUAGCCUAGAAGAAAUUAAGGAUUGGACAUUUCAUUUAUCUACAUACUACUUGGUCAGGCUUUUUAUGAAUUGGGAAAAUGAAAUCUGCUAAUGUUUUAUGAGCAUGUAUUUUUACACCACCAGAGGGGAACUAACAAUGGGAUCUUUACCAGAAACUUUCUCAAUCAUCGUAGCAACUAAAAAGCCAAGGUGUGAAUGUUUUUUAUUCAUCUCUCUGGUGUUCUUGGACGCUGGAGAUUAAACUCUGUUCCAGAAAGGGAUGCUCUCAUGUGGUGUGCUGAGUCUGACAGUGUGCCGCACUACAGUGUAUUUAUAUGUCUGUAAUUGUGUAUAUUUCCACAAUGUUGUGAAUGGCUUUGAACAGUAUGCAGUCUUCUAUUGCUAACUAAAGUAGUAUUUCUAUGUGUUGAAGAAUGAGGCAGAUAUAUGAAUGAAUGCCAGUGUUGUAUUUUGCAAAGAAAGUUUUGAAGUCUGAUUUUGUUUUCCAUAUGUUGACACAUAAUUGCCUAUUUCAACUUAGAGAGAUCAUAUAUUAUUUAAAAAACGUACUUGAUAACUUAGUGUUAUUAAGAAGUAAUUCUGUUAUUGAUUGUGAAGAACUUUGUUUUACUAUUAUAUAGUGAGGUAUUGAAGAAAAUGUGUUUUUCAAGUUUUAUCUCAUGUUUUUCUGUUUAUUUUUUUUUCUUUUCUUUUCUUUUUUUAAGUAAAUAAAUACCUGGUUUAUCAUUAUAAAGGAAACAAACACUUAAAAUGUUCUUACAUGUAAUACAUCAUAUUUUUGAAUGUAUAAAAAUCAUGGACACAAAUACAGCUGCUUACAUUUACCAGAACUUGCCCUUUGGUCAUUGUUAUAAUCACAGAGAAAAACUGUAUUAACAAAAUAUUUCCUUGUACCAUUCAGUUGUUUUGGAUAUGAUAAGAGUGAAUAUUAAAUUCAACUGUUACUCUC